AUGGAGGGUCUCCGAAAAGAGCCCCUGUUUGGCCCGACAGCUGAUGACGAUGUGAACUUGGUGGAUAGCGCUGACUCUUGCGAUUCCGAUUCAGAUGCAGAUGAUGAUGGGAUAUUGGAAGACAAUGAGGUGAUUACGUCUUCUCUAGAAGGUGCCAACGAUGUUGAAGAUGUCCCAAUGACUGAAGACGUCUCUGAAGCUGAGCUGUUGGGGUUUACGGAAGAUGCCUUACGUGAUAUCGCUGGAAAUGGAUGGGUGACGUAUGACGAAGAGCACAGCGAGGAUUUUCAAGUUGAUGCAGCUGCGGACUAUUAUGACGGGGAAUUUGGGUCUACGCGCUCUGCAGUUGCGUACGAAGAUUCUCCAUUGAGGAUGUUCUUUUACUUCUUGCCAAAGGAACUAUGGAGUCAUAUCGCCAAAGAGACGAACAGAUACAGAACCCAGAAUAUCACCGUCAUUGCCACGUCACGUAGGAACAAGUUGCUGGCUUGGCAGGCCAAGGAUCCUCGCAUCAUUCAAGGAUAUACAGCCCCAUGA